AUGGCAGACAACAAUCCUCCCUCGGCGCCGAGGAAGGCAACUUCGUCCACUCCGUCGUCCUCUUCGUCUGCGAAAUAUAUCUCCUCAUCGGGACAUGUUCUUGAAACACCUCCCUUGACCGCCCGCAUCUCCCGCCUCUCCGACUCAAUCUACAAUUUCCUCGGCCUGUACAUCGUCUCACUGUUCAGUCUGGAUCCGUACACGGCCGCGCAGAAUUCGCAGUUCAAUACGCGCGCCAAGGGGCCGAAUACGUACCAGGAACGCCCGAGGUGGGGUGCUAAUCGAUCUGGGACUGGUGGUGGCGGCGUCGGUGGGAUCGGAAGAGGUGGGAAUACUGGAACUGGAACUGGAAGCGGCGCUGGAGGUAGACGGUUCGGUGGGAUCGAUGAUGUUCGUGGGCCAGAGUGUGGGAGUUGUGGAUGA